CUACUUUCGGCGUGCCCGAACUAUAUAUCUCGUUGUGACGAAGAUCACGUACAUACCUUAUCCACACUAAAUAUGACGAAUAGAGAGGAUUUCAUCCAUUUCUCCGGUUUUACCCAACAACCGGGGCGCCUCAGACUUCCUAGGGCGCCAUCAACCUCAGGCUCUUCCUCGGGAGAUCCCAAUGGGCAAGAAGGCCUCCUGCCGAUCGCCAACGUGGGGCGGAUCAUGAAGGACGUGCUGCCGCCGGAGGCCAAGGUCUCGAAGCACGCCAAGGAGGUGAUCCAGGAGUGCGCCACGGAGUUCAUCGGCUUCGUCACCGGCGAGGCCUCAGAGCGGUGCCGGCGGGAGCGGCGCAAGACGGUGAACGGCGACGACAUCUGCCACGCCAUGACCACCCUUGGCCUCGACAACUACGCCGGUGCCAUGCGCAGGUACCUGCAGAGGUACCGCGAGGGCGAGGAGCUCGCGGCGGCGCUCAACAACCACAGCAGGUCACCGGCUCCGCCGCCGCCAGGCGACGGCAUGAUCCAGAUCGAUGUCUGGGGCGAGCUGUCCAACUCCAGGGGCAACGAGAAGCAUGGCAGGGAUUAACGAUAUACCAUCCCGAUCGAUCGAUUGCUCAUCUGACUGAAGUUGUUUCGAUCUUCUUGUGUUUGCGGUCUUCGAUCUAGCUCUUGCUUAUUCAGUGCUAUGUUCCGUUCCUACAAAAAUUGCACCAACAUUGUGGUAUUGUUACUUCUAUGUACUAAUGCAAUCGAUAUGUACCUGCUCCUGCUGUACCUGAGAAUAUUUCAACUUAUAUUAAUCGG